UUCUUUUCCUCUUCCCUCUCUCUUUCCCCUCUCUUUCUCUCUCUCUCUCUCUCUCUCUCUCUUUCUCUCCGCGUUUCGCAUAUAUGUUCGAUGAUGGCGAAGAAAUAAGACGCACCCAAAUGAGAAAAUCAAAACCCUAGUCCAGCAAACACGCAAAACUUCAUUCUCAAGCGAGAAAGAGAGAGAAACCUGGUAAGAAAAGGUUCAUUGCGCACAACUGCUGACCUUUUCUUCUUCUGCCUCCAGAAUUUUACACGUUUAUGCCUUUGAAUGAUCAAAUUAGAUUUUGAAUUUCUCAAUUUAAUCCUUUCUUCCAAUUGGGUUUCUUGGGUUGAUCAAUUUUUUUUGUUGGGUUUAUUAGGACUUUAGGUUUGUGAAAUUGAAAGGUUCACAAGUUUUCUCGUAGGUCGAGCUUGUGUCUUUUCAACUCAUCCAUUUUAGUUAUCGAUUCAAAGGUUUGGUCCAAUGGGAUUUCAAAGCUUUUAAUUUUUUUUUAAAAAUUUUUUUUUUGCUGAUUAUUGUGUUCAAUCUUGUUAUUUGAUGGAUUGAGUUGUAAAAUUACUGGAUAAAAUAGCUCCCCAAUUGUUUGUAAAAAGUACCCAUUGAUUUCGCUGCUGUUCGGAGUUGAGUUGAUCAUGACUGAAAGAAAAACCCCAUUUUGAUAUUGAGACUUCAGCACUGUGUCCUUUGGGGAGGAAAUAGAGAGUAAUAAAUGGGAAACGUCUGUGUUGGAUCAAGGUUUUCGAAGGAUGGUUUCUUUCAAUCCAUUUCGCAUUCGUUGUGGUCGCGAUCCCCAGAUAUGAUUCCCUAUACUAAGAGAGAAAUUACUAGUAGUGAGGUGCCUUCGUUAGCUAAUGACCCUGAUGGUUCUCAAUCUGUCCAAAACAAGCCCCCACAAUUGGUGAAGAUAGUAAAAGAAGAGACUAAACAAGAAGAACUCAUAAUAUCAGAACCAGUGAAGAUAGUGAAGGAAGAGAUCAAACCAGCAAAACCCACAAUACCAGAGCCGGUGAAAACGGUAAAGGAAGAGACCAAACCAGCACAACCCACAAGGCCCAGGAAGGCACACAAUGUCAAGAGGAUGGCGAGUGCAGGGUUGCAAGCAGAGUCUCUGUUGAAAACAAAAACAGGUCAUCUGAAGGAAUUUUACAAUUUGGGGCAAAAACUAGGACAUGGGCAAUUUGGGACUACAUUUCUCUGUGUGGAGAAAGCAACAGGGAAGAAAUAUGCUUGCAAAUCCAUUGCGAAAAGGAAGUUGCUCACAGAGGAUGAUGUGGAUGAUGUGAGGAGGGAAAUUGAAAUCAUGCAUCACUUGUAUGGACACCCCAAUGUCAUCUCAAUCAAAGGAGCUUAUGAGGAUGCUGUGGCAGUUCAUGUUGUGAUGGAAUUGUGUACAGGCGGUGAGCUCUUUGAUAGGAUUGUCAAGCGAGGGCAUUACACAGAGAGAAAGGCAGCCGAGCUUGCUAGGACUAUAGUUGGUGUAAUAGAAGCCUGUCAUUCAUUGGGAGUCAUGCAUCGGGACCUUAAGCCUGAAAAUUUUCUCUUUGUCAAUGAGGAGGAGGAUUCGCCUCUUAUGGCUAUAGACUUUGGAUUAUCAGUAUUCUUCAAGCCAGGGGAAAUUUUCCAUGAUGUGGUUGGAAGCCCAUAUUAUGUUGCACCUGAAGUUCUGAAUAAGCGUUAUAGUUCAGAAGCAGAUGUUUGGAGCGCUGGUGUGAUGAUUUACAUUCUCCUAAGUGGGGUGCCUCCAUUUUGGGCUGAAACUGAACACGAUAUAUUUGAAGAGGUUUUGCAUGGUGAUCUUGACUUCUCAUCUGAUCCAUGGCCUAAUAUCUCUGAAAGUGCAAAAGAUUUAGUCAGAAAAAUGCUUGUUAGAGACCCCAAAAAGCGGCUAACUGCACACGAAGUUCUAUGCCAUCCUUGGGUUCAGGUUGAUGGAGUGGCACCCGAUAAGCCUCUUGACUCUGCAGUCUUAAGCCGCUUGACACACUUUUCUGCCAUGAACAAGCUUAAGAAAAUGGCUCUUCGAGUCAUUGCAGGGUGUCUAUCUGAAGAAGAAAUUGCUGGGCUAAAAGAAAUGUUCAAAACUCUUGAUACAGAUAACAGUGGUCAAAUUACUUUCGAAGAACUCAAGGCUGGAUUGAAAAGAUACGGUGCCAAUCUCAAUGAGUCUGAGAUCCAUGAUUUGAUGCAGGCUGCGGAUGUUGAUAAUAGUGGCACAAUUGAUUAUGGGGAGUUCAUAGCUGCAACGUUGCAUCUUAACAAAAUUGAGAGGGAAGAUCAUCUUUUUGCCGCCUUUUCAUAUUUUGACAAAGACGGCAGUGGUUACAUCACCCAAGAUGAGCUUCAACAAGCUUGCGAGGAGUUUGGAAUAGAGAAUGUCUGCUUGGAAGAUAUGAUCCAAGAAGUCGACCAAAACAAUGAUGGCUGCAUAGAUUACAACGAGUUUGUGGCGAUGAUGCAAAAGGGAAAUGUUGAUUUGGGUAAGAAGCGUUUACAGAACGGUUUUAGCCCUGGAUUUAGGGAGGCACUACCAGUUUGCUGACAUAGUGAUAAGUUUUGUUUUUGUAAUUUUUUUUCUUUCAUGAUUUUGUAUACGUUUGCAUUAAAUUUGAGGAUCAUUAGCUUCUGAUAGCAAAUGUAAUUUUGUUUAGAACGUUGGAAACAUUGUAUUGGUCAAAGUUCUGUGGUAUAUAUAGCAAUUUCUCCA